GGGAGACCAGAUAUAGUGAAUGCAGGGUCCGGGGAGACCGGAUAUAGUGAAUGCAGGGUCCGGGGAGACCAGAUAUAGUGAAUGCAGGGUCCAGGGAGACCGGAUAUAGUGAAUGCAGGGUCCUGGGAGACCAGAUAUAGUGAAUGCAGGGUCCGGGGAGACCAGAUAUAGUGAAUGCAGGGGUCCGGGGAGACCAGAUAUAGUGAAUGCAGGGUCCGGGGAGACCGGAUGUAGUGAAUACAGGGUCUGGGGGAGACCAGAUAUAGUGAAUGCAGGGUCCAGGGAGACCAGAUAUAGUGAAUACAGGGUCUGGGGAGACCAGAUAUAGUGAAUGCAGGGUCCAGGGAGACCAGAUAUAGUGAAUGUAGGGUCCGGGGAGACCGGAUAUAGUGAAUGCAGGGUCCAGGGAGACCAGAUAUAGUGAAUGCAGGGUCCGGGGAGACCAGAUAUAGUGAAUGCAGGGUCCGGGGAGACCAAAUAUAGUGAAUGCAGGGUCCUGGGAGACCAGAUAUAGUAAAUGCAGGGUCCGGGGAG